UUUUAUCAGUGCUAUAGUGUAGGGAGUGGCAGACAGAGCCAAAGAGAGAGAAAGCAAGAGAGGGAGCUUAGGAUAUGAUGGAAGUAUGGAAUGGAUCUAACAAGUAAAAGCCAUGAAAUGAUGUUUUUGAAGGGAAAAGAAGCAUGAUGGAAGAACAGGCAAAGGAAGAGUUGAAGCUGCUUGAAGCCCAAUAUCCUAACCAUCAUGAGCAUCUAAAGAAUGAGCUCAGGUCCUUUAUCUUUCAACUCCAGACCAAUCACCAUGAUUCUGAACAGCUUCCAGAAAACAAUAACUUCAGCACUCACCUUGCUUUCUUUGAUACUGAAGAAUCCACUAGCUUGGAGGAGCUAAGGAAGAGGAGUGACUAUGAUUUGGAACUUGGUUUGGCAGACAGAGUAGUGAUAGAGAAGAUUGAUGGAAGUUCUAAGCUUGAAACUCCCAAGAGUGUUGUAGUGAAGCAUUUCUCAAGCAGGAAGAACAAGAGAAAAGAUAGGGUGGAUUUGGUUCUUGAGAGGGCACAAGUUUGUCUCAAAAAAAUUAAACACUUGAAGACAUUCUUAUUGCCGCCCUCCUGAAAUUUGGACGUAAAUGUCGUGUGUAGAAAGUAAAAUAACAUUUUUUGUCACUAUGCCAUCCAUGGUGCUUAUUUUGUUUGGAUUGGUUGAUAGCAUUGCUGUUAUCCGUUUUGUUAAGCAAGGGUUAAGAUUAGCACCAAAUGUCCAAGUGUUUUUUUGGUUGUGGGGGAAUGAACUACU